GUUAAGUCAAAAAAAAUUGUUUAUUCCAGGUACACUUUUGCUAACUGUUGUCACCCGUUUGUCAUCCCGUCCCAUAUAUCACCUGGAAGAUGUUGUUCAAAUCUUCCAUAACCUCUACAUUGACACUUCUCACAUUCUGGAGCCCGGUGUCGUUCGUGGCCGCAGAUCCCAAUAACGCUGAGCUAGUUGGAACCUGGACCUCCAAAUCCAAUACCGUUUUCACAGGGCCUGGUUUCUACGAUCCUGUCGACGAGCUUUUGAUCGAGCCCGACUUGCCCGGAAUCUCAUAUUCAUUUACAGAAGAUGGUCACUACGAAGAAGCGUUGUACAGACUCACCUCCGACGCCGUUAAUCACUCGUGCGCCAUUGCUUCAUUAACAUACCAACACGGAACUUAUGAGAUCUUGGCCAACGGCUCGGUGUCGUUGACACCUUUGGCGGUAGAUGGUAGACAGUUGUUAAGUGACCCAUGUGGCAGUAGCGGUGUUAGCAAUCCAGACUACGAGACCACUUCCUUUUACAGUAGAUACGUUCAGUCUACGCUUUUUAAAACUUACCAAGUGUCAGUGGAUGCUUAUCAUGGAAGAUAUAAGUUACAGAUCUACCAAUUUGAUGGAUCAUUGAUGCAACCUUUAUACUUGGCCUACAAACCUCCAUUGAUGUUACCUACCUAUGCUUUAAACCCGACCGACAAGGCCUCCGAAACUAAAGAUUCAUUGAGGAAAAGAGUCAGACGGUCCUUGGAAAACCAAUAUAGAACCACGGCCAUUAAGGAGUUCAAUCCUGGAAAGUAUGACUUAUACUGGUACAUGUCUGCUACCUUAUUAGGAGGGGCUGCAGUUUUUGCCUUCUUCCAUUAGAACCAUUCUAGUUAUGACAAAGAAAUCAGGUCUUGUAUCCCUAAAGAUAAUGUAUAUCAUUCAUGCUU